UGUUUGUUAUGUUCAAUAAUACCCCUUAUCCUCUUUCUCUAUCUCUGCGUUGUGUUGUGAAUUGUGAUGUGCUAAACUCAAACUCUCACAGCCAUCAACCUGACCAUGCGUGCUUUCAAGUCUCUCACAAAUACAAUGGCAGAGUCGUGCCUUCUUUCUCUCCCUUCCUUCUUCCACGCCAAAGCCAAAUCCCUUUCUCUCUCACUUCCCUCCAAGCCCCUUACCCUCCACCUUCCCUCUUCCAAUUCCUCGCUCUUCUCCCUCACCUCAAGGCCCACUCGCCACUCCUUCCUCACAUUCGUGGCCCAAACGUCGGAUUGGGCCCAAGGCGAGGAGGAGGAAACCGCCUGGGAGAACCAGGGCGAUUCCACGUGGGGAACUGAAGAGGGUGGCGAUGAAAGCGAGGGUGAGGCGGCUGAACCCGUUGAAGAAGUUAAGAUCUUUGUUGGGAAUUUGCCUUUUGAUGUUGACAGUGAGAAGUUGGCAUCGCUUUUCGACCAAGCUGGCACCGUUGAGGUUGCUGAGGUUAUUUACAAUAGGGUCACUGACCGGAGUCGUGGGUUUGGGUUUGUUACGAUGAGCACGCUUGAAGAGGUUGAGAAGGCUGUCGAGAUGUUCAGUGGCUAUGAACUAAAUGGAAGAGUGUUGACCGUCAAUAAGGCUGCUCCAAAAGGAGCACAGCCAGAACGCCCACCACGCCCACCAAGAUCCUUUGGUUCUUCUUUGAGAGUCUACGUUGGCAACUUGCCAUGGGAUGUUGACAAUGCUCGACUGGAGCAAAUUUUCAGUGAACAUGGUAAGGUUGAGGAUGCUCGGGUGGUCUACGACAGAGAGACUGGUCGAUCGCGUGGCUUUGGCUUUGUCACAAUGGCCAGUGAGACUGAUAUGAAUGAUGCAAUUGCUGCUCUUGAUGGUCAGAGCUUGGAUGGGAGGGCAAUCAGAGUGAAUGUUGCAGAGGAUAGGCCAAGACGCAGCUCCUUUUGAGUGAUUACUUGUAAUCUUCCAUGUGCGGCUGAUUGAGUUCCCUUUUAAUGGUUAAGUAUACAGUGUCAAAUUUUUUUAUCUUCUUUGGCAGUUGGUUUCAGAUUAGAUAUGCAUAUUUUAAUGUUAUUUAUUAAUUUGAUGUCCUGAUGAAAAUGAUUAAAAGUUACGAUUCCAACUUUAGGGAUUUUGAAAGAACUCGUGAUUUUUUUUCAACCAUUUUGUGUGCUAUGGAUAUUGAUGCACGAAAAAAAAAAAAUCGUCUUUUAAGCUUAAA